AUGCCCACCGCAAAGACCACUGACAGACCCUUUAAUGGCAAAAAGGGAAUCUCAAAGUCGUCCAACCCCAUCCCCUUCACACCCGCCUCCUACUCUCCUCGUCGAGCGCUUUCUCUUUCUCUAACGCAAAACACGCGAGAAGAAGGCGAAGUAGCAUCCAGAAUUAACCUCUACCCCAUCCCCACGCUCAUUCGCUCCUCAACCUCCAGCUCUUCCUCCAUCACCAUCCCCCUCCCAGCGUUGGCUCAAAAACGCCUCCUUACCUCACCCAAUUUUGGCCUCUCGUACAUUCCGGCAUCCCCAUGCAGACGGCCACCGCGCUCUAGAAUUUCCGCGCCGAUGAUGUUCAUUGUUACCCCCUCUCAGAUCUCUUCGAGCUGUGGUGGAUUCGCAAUGCGAAUGGACUGGAGAAGCUCUGAUCUAAGCACUGCGAGACGACGUCCGAUUCCUCACCCUCCUGAUAUCCGAGCUCGGUGCCGAAAUCGAAAUCGAGCUCUUCGACAAUCUCCACAAUUCGUGAGGAACGCGAACGAAGACGGCGUCGGGAAAGGAGAACUCUACAUAUUCUGUGAUCCAAAAUUCGACGUCCGUAUGCUCUCUCGAUACCCAAGGAAGCUUCCCCCACCACAGCCACUGCCCAUGGAAAAGGUGUGCACUUUCCGCUACCCAACUCUUGAACUGCCUUUCACGACGAAAUCUACGGACGACGGAAUUCAGGGUUUCCAGAUCUGA